AAAGAAAGAAAGAAAUCCAACUCAAUCUCAUAACUUGGUAAUUUGCGAAACCACCCCAUAAAAUCAAAGUAAUUUCAAAGCCACCCCUUUAAACUCAAAAUAAUGUCAAAGCCACCCCUUAAAAUCAGUUUCCCGCCAAAGCCACAGCCAGCUGUAUCCAAUCAACCAAACCAACAGCCAGAAAUCAGCUCUCUCUCUCUCUCUUCUUCAAAAUCAAGUAAACCGUUUCUCAAUCAAAAAACCCUCUCUCUCAAUUUCCCAAGAACUCAGUUUUCUUCUCUUCGAAUCUAGCUCUCCAAUGGCGGAAACCCCGAAACUCCAGACGCACAUAGAAAUGAAGCAUGUCCAGCCGCCGCACCCGCGAUUCUCGGCCGAGCUCACGGCGGAAGAACUGCUCAGAGAGCAGAGAAUCCCCUUCCCCUUUUUCAGGCCGCUGUCGCAGAGAAAGGAGAACACCUGGGUAAUCUCUCUGUUCGUCAUCCUCCAUUUGAUUGCCUUUGCCGCCACGAUGAUCGUCAACGAUUGCUGGGGUAAUUCUCACGCGCAGUGCGCGUUGAAACAGCUCGGAAGGUUCUCCUUUCAGCCGCUUUCCGAGAAUCCAUUGCUCGGCCCCUCGUCUUCCGCGCUUGAUACAGUGGGGGCUCUUCGUCUAAGAUAUUUGGUAAAAGAUCAUCAACUGUGGCGUAUUUUCACAAGCCCAUGCUUGCAUGCAGGGGUUUUCCAUCUUCUCGUCAAUAUCAUUAGCGUAGUUUUCGUCGGACUUCACAUGGAGCAAGAGUUUGGACCACUGAGAACCGGAGUUAUCUACAUACUUUCGGCUUUCACCGGCAGUUCUGUGGCUGUUCUAUUCGUUCAAGAUAGGUCAUCAGUUGCUUCCUCUGGUGCACUAUUUGGCUUGCUUGGGGCAAUGAUUUCUGGGCUUAUCUGGAAUUGGAAAUUUUACACGAAAAAAUUGGCAGCUAUUAUGGUCCUUCUUACCAUCUUGACAUUGAAUGCUAUCCUUGGUUUGAUGCCAUAUGUGAACAAUUUUUCGAAUAUCGGGGGAUUUAUAUCGGGGUUUCUUGCUGGUUUUGUGCUGCUAUUCAAGCCACAAGUUGGCUUAGGGUAUCCAGCAAAAGGGGGUAUAUUUGAUUACAAUGUGAAGCGUCCCCUCAAACUGAAGCAAAAGUUCGACAAACCGGUUUUGAGGAGUGUCUCUCUUGUCAUCUUCACUCUUAUAUUUGCUGGAGUUGUUGUGGCGGUUGUGGAAGGAGUAAAUGUGAACCGAUACUGUAGCUGGUGCCGUUAUAUUGACUGUGUUCCCAUCAAGUGGUGGAGCUGCAGUGAUAAAACUGUCACUUGUGAGACAAUGAUAAAUUUGGAGCAGCUGACUUUGACUUGCUCGAAUAAUGGCAACUUCAGAGUGUUGCCCUUCACUAACAUCUCACAAGGAAGAAUCCACGACCUCUGUGAUCUGAUAUGCUCGUAGAAGAUUCGUGGUCUGUCUAUACACACACGCACGCACACACAGUAAACACACUUGGAAAAACACACAUGUGCUCUGCUAUAUAGGAAGACAAUGUACUAUAUAGGUCAUUUCUUGAAUAGUCUUCUUUGAGGAAGAAAUAUGAACUCGAAUUCAUACUUACAUAUACUGA